UUUUAGUUACGUUGGAUACUCAAUAACCUAUAAAUAGUCUACAUAGCUUCUUGUCUAGAAUACCAAAUAAAAAUACAUACUUCAUUACAUUCUUUUCAUACAGUAAGAAUAAAUCGGUAAAUUCCAAGCAUAAGAAAAAAAUAUGGCUAAUCUAAGCUCCCAUGUUACUGCGCUAUUCAUUGUUGUAGCAUUGGUUUGUGCGUUUGUUCCUGCAUUUUCAGUAGAGGAAGCUGAAGCAAAAACAUUAUGGGACACUUGUCUGGUUAAAAUCACUCCUAAGUGUGCAUUGAAUAUAAUCGCUGUUGUUUUUGGAAACGGAACCCUCAUUGAGUCUUGUUGCCACGAUCUUGUCCAAGAAGGAAAAGUGUGUCACGAUAAUCUCAUUAAAUAUAUUGCUGACAGACCAUCAUUAGUUGGCCGUGAAACACAAUACUUGAAGAAGAGGGAUGACGUGUGGAGUGAUUGUGUCUCAAUCUCUAAAACUGCUUAA